CAUUCGCGCGCGCUCUUGCACACGCAUUCACACCACAUCCACACACACGCAUGCACGUGCAAACUUCCACAGUCGCACCCACACCAGCGGCCAGUCCAGGUCUGAAACCCGUCAAAAGCCCCGCUGGAUCCUCACAUCGCCUGUCAGCAUGCGGAGCGCUUGUUUUUCCCGGGACGUUUGUUUGUUUAUCCUCCUCAUAAAUACUUGCAGGGUGAUGGGGAAUGUCGGACUCGCAGAUGCAGACGAGUGUGCAGAAGGUUCAGACGACUGCCACAUUGACGCCCUCUGCCAGAACACGCCCAACUCUUACAACUGCAUCUGCAAACCGGGCUACACUGGAGACGGGAAGCAGUGUGAGGACGUGGAUGAAUGUACAAAUGACUACAAUGGGGGCUGUGUCCAUGAAUGCAUCAACAUACCUGGGAACUACAGGUGCACCUGCUACGAUGGAUUCAUGCUGGCCCACGAUGGACACAACUGUUUAGAUGUGGACGAGUGUCUGGACAACAACGGAGGAUGCCAGCAGGUGUGUGUGAACACAAUGGGAAGCUACGAGUGUCAGUGUAAAGACGGCUUCUUCCUGAGCGACAACCAGCACACCUGCAUCCACCGCUCUGAUGAUGGAAUGAACUGCAUGAACAAAGACCAUGGCUGUGCUCACAUCUGCAGGGAAGCUCCCUUCAAAAGCGGAGUGUCAUGCGAGUGCCGGCCUGGUUUUGAGUUGGCCAAAAACCAGAAAGACUGCACAUUGACUUGUAACUAUGGAAACGGAGGGUGCCAGCACACAUGUGAAGAUACGGACACAGGGCCAGUUUGUGGCUGCCACCAAAAGUACGCCCUGCAUUCAGACAGCAAGACCUGCAUCGAGAAAGAUGAGGCUGCAAUUGAGAGCUCUGAGUUCAAUGCCACGUCAGUAGCUGAUGUGGACAAGCGGGUGAAACGGCGGCUACAUAUGGAGAGCUGCGCUGUAAACAAUGGUGGCUGCGACCGCACCUGUAAGGACACAGCUACAGGGGUCCGCUGCAGCUGCCCUGUGGGAUUCACUCUGCAACCUGAUGGCAAAACCUGCAAAGAUAUCGACGAAUGCGAGGAGAACAACGGAGGCUGUGAUCACUUUUGCCGAAACACGGUGGGCUCCUUCGAGUGCAGCUGCCAGAAAGGAUACAAACUUCUGACUGAUGAACGAACGUGCAAAGACAUCGAUGAGUGCUCCUUUGAGAGGACCUGCGACCACACCUGCAUCAACUAUCCCGGCAGCUUCGAGUGCCUGUGCAACAAGGGAUACAUCCUCUACGGCCUCACACACUGUGGAGACGUCGAUGAGUGCAGCAUCAACAACGGCAGCUGUGAGUACGGCUGCUUGAACACGCAGGGCAGCUACGAGUGUGUGUGUCCGCCGGGACAGAAGCUCCACUGGAACAAGAAAGACUGCAUCGAGGCUGUGAAGUGUCUACCCAAUGGAAAGCCUGCUCCGCGAGCCCAGCUGGUCUGCACUAAGAGCGGAGAUGCAGAGGUCUGCUCGCUCUCCUGUCCCUCCAACGCUCUCUUCCUCGCAGACUCAGAGAACUACACAUUAAGCUGUGGAGUUCCCAUCCAGCCUGAUCCGCUGGCCCCGCCCAUCAAGCAGAAGGCCAAGUUUAAGAUUAAAGAUGCCAAGUGUCACCUGAGCCCGCGCAGCAAGGAGAAACACAAGGACUCCUCCAGGCAGAACAUCCAAGCAGGGCAGUUUCCCUGCACCGAUGACUGCCAGGUAACAUUCGUCAACCUCAAGUGUGAUUCAUCAAAGAAGCGGCGCAGAGGGCGCAAGUCUCCGUCCAAAGAAGUUUCCCUCAUCACAGCAGAGUUUGAGAUGGAGAUGAAGGAGGAGGAAGCCUCAGACUCGUGUAACAUCGAUUGCGUGCGGGACAAGAUGAGGCAGAAGCUCCAGAUCGCCAUGAGGACACUGAGGAAGUCCAUUAACAAGCAGCAAUUCUACAUCCAGUUUUCUGGAACUGAGUACGAAGUGGCCCAGAAACCAUCCAGGAUCCCAGAAGGAGCCGAUACCUGCAGCACUGGUCAGGUCUUCCAGGACGGGAAGUGUGUGAGUUGUGGUGCAGGGACAUUUUACAGCGGUGAGCAGGAGCAGUGUGUUCAGUGUCCUCCUGGAACGUACCAGGACAUGGAGGGACAGCUGUCCUGUGAGCCGUGCCCCAGCACUGAAGGACAGGGCAUCGCCGGUGCCAAGAACGUGUCUCAGUGUGGAGGUCAGUGUCCCGCAGGACAGUUUUCCACUGACGGCUUCCGGCCCUGCCAGCUCUGUCCUCUGGGCUCCUACCAGCCAGAACCAGGCCGAGUUCUGUGCUUUCCUUGUGGAGGAGGCCUCAUGACCAAAUAUGAAGCUUCUGUCACCUUCAGGGACUGUGAGGCCAAAGUGCACUGCGCUCCUGGACACUAUUACAACUCCAGUACCCACCGUUGCAUCCGCUGCCCAGCGGGGACAUACCAGUCUGAGUUUGGCCAGAACUACUGCAUCAACUGUCCUGGGAACACCACCACCGACUUUGACGGUGCCACCAAUGUGUCUCACUGCAAAAACCAGAUGUGCGGAGGGGAACUGGGAGAUUAUACCGGCUACAUCGAGUCUCCCAACUACCCUGGAGAUUACCCAUCAAAUGUGGACUGUGUCUGGACCAUAAUCCCACCGCACAAAAGACGAAUCCUCAUUGUGGUGCCAGAGAUCUUCCUUCCCAUUGAAGAUGAGUGUGGAGAUGUGCUGGUCAUGAGAAAGAGUGCGGUGCCCACUUCCAUCACAACCUACGAGACGUGUCAGACGUAUGAGCGACCCAUAGCCUUUACCUCUCGCUCUCGCAGACUUUGGAUCCAGUUUAAGUCAAACGAGGGGAACAGUGGCAAAGGCUUCCAAGUUCCAUAUGUCACCUAUGACGAGGACUACCAGCAGCUGAUAGAAGACAUAGUGCGAGAUGGUAGACUUUAUGCAUCUGAGAACCACCAGGAGAUACUCAAGGACAAGAAGUUAAUAAAAGCCCUGUUUGACGUACUCGCCCACCCCCAGAAUUACUUUAAGUACACAAGUGCAGAGUCCAAAGAGAUGUUCCCUCGCUCCUUCAUCAAGCUGCUGCGGUCCAAAGUGACAAGGUUCCUGCGACCAUACAGCUAGACUGAAAAUCUUCUUGCACUUUCUUGUUAGAUCCUUGUGAUCCUGCGUCAUUCCAGACCCUCCGUCCUACAUGUAACACUGAAUCCCUGAUCAUCUUCUGCCCGCAUUCAGGAUUUCGCCCAAUUUGUGGUGAAAAAUCCAGAUUUUCUGUACCUGUCCUCAAUCUCUGUUGUCACAUGAUGCCUUUCAACGUCUUGAAUACAGAACUGUAAGCCCCACCCUUUAUAGUAACUGUACACUUAAACAUCCAAAGUUUGACAAGUAUAGGUUUUUGGAGGCCAGUAAUUAUUGUGUUGUAGAAAUUUGUAUUAGUAUUUAAUUUUGUAAUAUAUUUGUUCCUUAUAUUUCAGCAAAGAGAGUUAUAACCCUAAAUACACCAAUGUAAAAACAUCUAUAGUUUUAAUUAAUGUCCUACAGAUACAGAUGGAAAGCACAGUGUUGAUGAAGCUAAAGAUAGUGUACUCAAUAGCUGAUCUUAGUAAGAUCAUCUUACUACGUCUAAAAUGAUCUUUAUUCCACAAAUGCUGAUAAACAUAAAUUGUUGAUUAAUUUAUAUGCUUAUUUUUGAUCUGAUAGUUUGAUCAAGCUAGCUUGUUGGCUAGUUAGUUUAGCUAGCUCGCUGGCUUGCUAGCUAAAAAUUAUUGUCCAAUAGAAAUAACCCGUACAGCAAUUUACUCAAUAUACUAGCCUACAUAAACUGGAGAGAAACGGAAAUUGGUGACCAAGAAUUUGUAAAGUAGGUAUUGAUUUACGCUAGUAUAAUUAUUACAUUAUACUGCAGCAUUUCAAUCUGCCAUGUCUCAUCCACAUUGGUGAGAAAAGAGUUGAUUUAAAAAAAAACAACAUUUUACUAAAGGCAGUUCUUUACAAAAGUAUUCAGACUCCUUGCCCUUCAUUUUAGUAUGUCAACAUUUUGUGUAAAAAAAUUAACACAGAGAAACACAUAAUUCUGAAGUGCAAGCAAAAGAAUCUAUGGUUUUCAAGCAAAGAGAAAAAUGUGUAAAAUAUAACCUGUAGCAUAGUUUGGAUCAUGAAUAUGUUUUUAUGACCACCUUUAGGUUUCCGCAAAUAAUGAUAGUUUCAUCCAUUGCAGUCAUGCUAGCUGUUUCUUCCUUGUCCAGUGUUUAUGCUAUGGAAGGUCUUCUUUGGCUUUGGCUCAUGGCUAAAGAUGUCGCAUUGAAAGGUUGUGCAGUUGUGAAGUCACUGAGAAGGGAUAGCUUGGAUUUUUGAAAUGACAUUCUGCGAGAAAAGUAACAGCUUUCCUGAAGUAUACAGAUGUCAGAUUGCAAUGAGUUGGUGGAAAACGAAAGAAAAACCAUUUGCAAAUGCUAAAUGCUUGUAAGCAAGAGUAUAUGUGACCCUUUAAUUCUGCAAAAUCACAUCUGUUUGAUCAGCGUCAGGGAGAUGCUGAUCAUCCCUGAAGCAGUUUACACACAUUUAGUUGAGCCUUUAUGAAUGCAUUUAAAGGAAAAACUUCUCAUAUUUAUGUAUAUUUCUCUAAUUUGCAACCAGAGCAAACUGUUUGGUACCUUUGAAUACUGAAAUAUCGGCUCUUUUUAUUUUUAUGAAGGUGGAAGCUCGCAAGUCGUAUUUACGCACAAGCCUUACUUUCUUAUUCUCACAUUUAUAGUUACAAUACAUUUGUAGUAUAUUUGCAUGGAUUACAUAUAAAAUAUUACCAUAAUCAAAUGAAUCAAUUAAAGAAAUGCAUAAUUCAUUUCUUUUCUUACUAUGACGUCUUGAUGUGAAAAACACCACUGUGACUUGUUCCUCCAGUCAAAUGUUGCUAAAGUUUUGUCUUGUCAGGUCACAACCUAGAGUUCUCUUUUUAUUGAAAUGAUAAAACAGUCAACUUUUCCCUUUGAUCCACUCUGCAUACUUGAGGCUUGAGAGAUGACAACUGCCUGCUGAUAAGAUAAAAAAAGGGAUAAUUUCUUCAAUCAGCUGCAUGUAUUUAGUGCAAACUGCUUUGUGAAUCCAGUUAGUCUGUACAAAUCAUGGCAAGUAAAGGAGAUUGCGUUACUUUGUGAAUUCUCUCUUGGAGAAGGUUUACAGCUCUGGAACACCUGUGAGACAACAACUCAAAUUGAAACUAUUCAUUUAAACAUUACAGAAGCCAAUACUAAAAGUCUAAGUACUCUGAAGUUUAAGUAAGCUGUUUCAGACUGAUGCUAUAUUAGUUUGCUUCAUUAGCUGCUAUUUAUCUGUCUGUUCUACAUCCACUUGCUCCUGGUCUAACUAACUGAGCUAAAAGGUAAUCAUGGAUAAGUGGUUAUUACUUACUAAGUAGUUGUGCAUAGCAUCAAAUUGUGUCUGUGUUAAAACAAUAAAAAAAAGAUUAUUAUUUGGAUAUUACAAAGUGAAUUUGAAGAUCCCUUUAAAUCUUACGUUUAAUUCUAAUAAUAUAAAAUCCUCUAUAUCUAUCUGCAUUUCUCAAUGGAUUUUCUCAAAAACAAAUUUAAGCAUUUUAGAUCUCACCUUCGUGCUGAAACAGUACAGUCUUGUGCUCUUCCAGGUGUUGUAGUUUUCGGGUAAUUAUUACUUUUGCUAACAUAUGAUCAGCUGAUUUGGUGGAUUGAUACAGUCUGAUCCUAUGUCACGUUAGUUACAUAGACCUGUUAGACCUAACAAAGAAAGCCUGAAAGGUUAUUAUCCACUAAUAUGGCGUUGUACUCAAUGAGAUAUGAAUAUUUUUAAACAGCUUAAACAUGGGCUCCAUCUGGCUAGCUAUUAGUCUUCCUUAGUUGCUUUUUUUUUCAAACUCACUGCAACAUGACAUAUUCUUAUUACUGUAACUAUCAUGGGUAAGAGUAAUAAUAUUUGCAAUACCUUCAAAAACAUCCAAGCUAUCCCUUUAAGCAUUGUCGCGGUCUCUUUGAAAUAUGUAAUUAAGCUUUCAUUAUACAGUGGUUCUAAUAGAAUAAUAUUAAUACUGAAUUAUUAGUAAUAACAACAGGCUUGUAUUAGCUAACCAAUAUCAGCUUCUGCUGUGUCCAUUAAUCUUUACUUUCUUAUGUUUUUGCCCUCUACCUCCAAACUCCUCCACGGUCGUUUAGCAAUGCUUUGCUCUGUCUUCUGUUAUGUUGUCAUGUUGUUACCGAACGUUGGGAUAUGUCUGAACAAUGCACGGCACAUCCAGUCAUAAAGUCAUGAUGUGUCAUUAUGAACUGACCCACAAAGAGAGUGCACAGGUGUAUUCCUACAGCAUUCAUGACUUUGGGCUGAUGAGCAGAUGCGCUUAAAGUACUUAAAUGUGACAAAUGAAUUAAUUACAUCCCAACAAUUCCACCUUAGCCUGUGCUUUAUCCUUCUUAGCACAUGAACAGAUAACACCAAUUUGUUUUAUCUUUUUAUGAAAAAAAUAUAUACAUAACAAGAAGAGAUAAACUACCUAGAAGCGGCAAAGUGUUACUUUAGGGAGAAAUGUAUGUGAUUUAAGUAAUAUUUGGAACAUUAAUUGCACUUGAAUUUUCUACUUUGAAAUGUUGAGGAUAAAAAAACAGUAAUUUUUUUUGUGUUAGCUUUUUUGUGUUGUUUUCAAGUGUACCACAUAUGGUGGUGAUAAGUACGAUAGCUGUGUUUCCUCUUAUGCUAGCUCCCUUGUCUUUAGCACCUGAAAGCUUGUUAGCUAACGCAGCUUCCACUCAGCCAGAGACUAUACAUUUGUUGGAAAAACUAAACAAUUGUUAAAACACCAUUAGUUGCAAUCGUGAUUAGAUGUUGUCUUCGGUAUUGUUUAAUCAAUCCGUCGUACCAUUGUAGGGGAAUUGUGUCAUUACAAACAUGGUCAAUUUUCGUAAACGAUUGAGAAAAAAAAUGCUUGUGUCUCACAAUGUCUCAGAACGAUGCGAAGAAUGCCAAACAACACCGAACGGCACCGUGUUUGUUGGUGAAAGUGUUUAUUUGUGAAAGAAAGGCACAUUCGGGAUACAUAGAGAGAUAGAGCUACGACGUCAUUGUAUCAAAAGAGACACCGCUCGGAUGUACACACUGAAACAUGAAACCGGCAUUUUUAAUUUUUCCACUCUGGGUAUUUCUUAUCUGGUCUCCCAAGAAAACAGAUCCAUGUGCACACACAGCUAAACAUAUCUCGCCUGUCUAAUUAGCUUAGUUUAGCCUAGCCUAACUAUCAGACAGAUGACUGCAUUGGACUCUAUGAUAGUUUGGGGUUUAGAGGAGUUUAUUGUCAACUCUGUGACUAAAACAUGGAAAGAUCCUGUGGUCCAAUUGUGUCUCCAUGAACCGUAACAUUUCAUUUGCUAACUGAGUCCCUAGGAAGACUGGAAACGCUCCUAAAUGCUUUCCACUUGUGAGUAAUCCUUCUCACGGCUGAAUGGCGGUCCUUGCUUGCUCUUACAGUCCUCCUUUGAUAAACGAGUGGUGGCGGUGGCUUCCCUAAAGUCAUUCCUGAUGCCUUUCCAUCAUGGCUCCAUGUAAACACAAACCGUACGCUCCAGGCUAUCCAUCUGCCAAAGUACCUCUGUUAGUAGAAGUUGACGUACUUGCUACAACUCAAACAUUGUUUCUGAUUGGCAACGUCUGAGAGUUGCUCCCCUUUGAAAUUCUACAGGAACAUCAAGAGUAUACUUAGGUUUUUUCCAUGACUGUAUGGAUAGUAUGGAAAAUGUUCCUUUCCCAUUUAGUAAGCUAAACAUACAGAAACAUAGUCCUAUCAUUGGAUAUGUCACUCUUGCCAUCAUCACAGGUUGUGUUAGUAGCAAUGACCAGGUUUGGUUCUAUCUGUGGCUCAUUUGAACAGAUGUCUCCAAACAUUUGAUAAAAUCUAAACAAAGAGAUGUGUGCACCAGUUGUGUCCAAACUUGUUGACAUUGUGGCCAAAUAUGUCAAGUUGAAAGUACUCAGGGGCCACAAAAAUGUUCAACGUUAUUUUUAUUUUUUAUUAAAAGUUUUUAAAAAAAAUACGUUUUUACUUCAUUUUACCUGAGCUGAACGAUAAGCUAAACAUGCAAUAUUUUAAUGAAUCAAGCAAAGCUGUCUGACUUUGCCAGAAAAGGAAUCUGUAAAUUAUUGUAUAUCUGAAAAAACGGUUUCACGGAAUUUUCCUAGUCAAAAAACAAUAACAGUAUACAAUGUCCCAAAAUGUUCAGGUUGAUUAUCUUUGUUUAAUUUGUUAGUGUACAUGCGUGGGUGUGUGUGCGCGUGUAUUUUCAGCAACAACAACAGAAUAUAUAUACAGAUAUGGCUCGGUGCUCCCAGGUCUACUUUUUGAUUAAAGCCACUGGAUGUUUAAAGUCCCAUAUCCCGUCAAACUGAAUUAAAACAAAACACCUGGUUGAUGAAAAAGUUAUUUUUUGAGUUGAACCUUGCUUUUUUCUAAACACUUUUAUACAUCUGUAUAUUUUUUUUGAAAGGCCUCGUAUCGGUGUAAAUUGCCGCUUAACAUUUUCCUAAAUAUGAAUCUGCAUCAACCGCCUGGGCUGGCAAACUAAACUCACAGCAUUCUUGAAUUCUGGUCCAGGGAGCCACAAAAUCAUCAUGAGGGCCACAAACGAGGCAGCUUUGCUGCUUCACAGUCUGAAUGACUCGCUGUAAAGAAACAAUGAAAUCUGGUCUAUUGACUAGCUUCUGCAAUUCCUAUUAGGAAAUCAUGAAGGAGAAUGUCUGGCCAUCAGUUUGUGACCUUCAGCCCAAACACAUUUAAUGUACAGAAGGAAAAUUAUGCAAAACACGCAAGAAUGUCCAUCUGAACAAAACAGAAAAUUCAAGUUUUGAAGAGAUAACGCGCCAUGACUUCAAACGAACUGUUCAUUCUUUGGAUAUGACUGAAUUAAAAUGAAUUUGCACAUACGAGUGUCCCAGUUAUUAGGUUUAUUUUUGUACUUUACCUUUAUUUAACCAGGAAAGUCCCACUGAGAUCAAAACCGACUUUCUCAAGGGAGUCCGUUGACAAAUGGAAUCAUCCUCUGAAAACAGACGUGUUUAAAUCGGGUUAGUUAUGUCUCAUUUUAGUAGCUGUUUGCUUAUCCGAAAUAGUUUUGGAAAACAAGAAAGGAAAGGAUACUUCAGGUUCCUCACAUUUCUUCAUUUAUGUCGGCUGAGGAAUUGGAUAACGAGGUGCUGUAGCAAAGUGUUAGCUUAAAAGUGUUCACACCUAUACAACUAUGCUAGAGGAGCCUUUAUAUGUCAUAUUUUAUCAUAUUUUGGUCCCAACAGAUUUGCUUGAUUUUCCAGUUGAAGUUCAGAGGUUUAUUUUCUCACUAAAUUCAACCAUAUUUACUCUGUCCCGUCUGUAAACAUGGCAAACUGAGUGGAAAUGCCUCGUGGUUCUUACCUCUCCCACAGGGUAAUAUUAGGAGUCACGUUUCACCCUGCAGUAAUCGUCAAAGACCAAAUUCUUAAGAAUCCUCAGCGUUAACCUCAUGAAAUCAAACUAGUGCUUUGACAGAAUCAGCAGCCUUCCCAAUCCCAGUCCUUUACAUGGACCUUUGGGUCGUAGACAAUUGUGGCUUGUACUUCAUAGGACUGGUUGACAAACAUAUCAGGGGUGUAACAAUACUAGCUUCACUGCUGGGCACAUACCACGGUUUCUGGGCUGUGGUUUGGUGUAUGUUUGGUAAGAACAGGAAAAAGAAAGAAGCCAAAUGUUAGGUUUGUUUUAAUUUAUUUUAAAGGGGGAAUAAAAUACCCCACAAAAACAAACAGCAAAACGAGAUGUUUUUUUUUUUUUAGUCGAGGUCCCUGAGUCAUGUGCACAGAAUGCAGAUGUUGGCUUGUUUUAAAUCUCAAUGUACAGUUAACAAAACAAGCUGAAAAACAUACUGCUGCUUAUUGAUUUAAUUUAUUCGAUGUCAUCGUUCACGACUUCUUCUGUUCUCUGAUUGGCCCAUUUGAAAUUCUACCACAGAAAUCCAUCUCUAUGGGACAAAUCCCAGGCGGAGUCCUGGCGGGAGAUGAGAACCGAGCAGAACCGUGCAGGAAGAUGACGGCCAGAACAGAUCCACAUAGAACAUAGAAAUAAAAUAAACCUAAUUAUUGUUUUGAUGAGAGUGCGCUAAAUGUUCCUUGUGUUUGAUUGAGGGUCUAAGUAAUUUUAAAUUGUUAAUGCAGCUUCAAAUCUGCUGUUAGAAAACCAACAACUUACUUCAGACUGCUUACACACUCUGUAAAACACAAUUUGUGAUAUUAUUUUUUAUGUUUUUGUUGUAUUUUUUGUUAGGACAUAAAAAAAUUUAUGUCUUUAGUGUUUUUGUGAAGCAGAGCAGGAAAGGCGGAGCUAGCAUGUGACUCACAGCUUCAGUAAAGAGAAAUUAUGAAUUUUGAAGGAAUUUGAAUUGCAUUUAAUUGUCUAUGCUCUAAAAUCUGAAGUUAUUGUACUAAUCAACGCUCAACGGGACAGUUCUAAUCCAAACACAGAUCUAAUGAAAAACUAUCAACAUUUUGCUCUGUUUGUGAAACGACAAAAAGCAGGAUUCUACUUUUUCUUUUGGCAUUGGGAGGGAAGUCAAACGUAGACUUGUCUUGUUGACCGUGCGUCACGUCUUGUGAGCCGAAUGUAUUGUUACACCCCGAGUUCCAACCCUACAAGGAACGAAUGUAGUGAAUAUUUUGGGGGGAAUGAAGUAAACGCCCCAGUGUGUGUAUGCUCUGUUGCUCUUGUUACUCUGGUUACUUUCUCAAAGCCCUGGCUUCCACCCGCUCAUUUCAGUCCAGGUUUCACAACCAAAUACCUUGAUUGACUGUUUGGCACAUACUGCCCGACCAGAAUUCCUGCAUUUGUCCACAGAAAAACCCAUUUUAAUUAAUGAUGAUCUGAAUUCGAGUUCAGAAUCCACACACACACGCACAAAAAGGAAUGAUGGACUUUUAAGGCUCUGCCAGUUGUUACAGAGCGUACUAAAGCGAAGCUGAUGACUGGAAGGUAGGAAAUUAAUCUGAAAGCUUGGGCUUUGCAAAACACUUUGUGGUCCUGGGAAACUGUUAAAGUUAAUCGUCUGAAGCAUUCAGAACCACAACUAUGGUUCCACACGGGAACUGAGUGUGGACUUUCUGCUUGAAAUCCAAAGUACGGAAUUUUAGCAAAAGAAAAAAAAUGCCAAACCCAAAGUCAUUUUUCUAUCACUGGCUGAUAAUUUCUCUGUUAGGUAAUGUAACUUAUAAAUGUUAGUGCUUGGCAUAAGUUUCUGCUCCAGGUCUUGCUAACAAAUCGGUCUGCAAACCGAUAGUCCUCUUUGUGUUGUAAAGAUGAGCACUGUUUCAUGGAAAGUGGUGAGAAAAAGGGAUCAAAAAUGUCAAAAAUAACAACUCAAUAAAUUGGAGAAUGUAUCCCACCCUGGAUGGGCGUAUGCAUGUUGUAUGGAUGAGAGUCGUAGGAGUCUAUGUGCAGUGUGUGUGUUGACGGGGUGGUGUUUCUAUGGAUGCCUGUGAAAAAAGAAAAACAGUCCAUGUUGACUUUAGUCCCUUUUUGUAUAAGAAUAAUUUGAACUUUGUGUUAGUUGGUUGUACCCAAAGAGAGAAACUGUGACAGUGUUGUGGCCGUUGUUUGCUCCGUGAAACUCCAGUACUGAACAAGUUCAAUAAACAGUAGCAGAAAAACA